GCCCCCGCCCCCCCCAAACCGAAUACGAGAGUGCGCGCGAGAAAUGCAGCGCGAGACACACACCGAGCAGCCCCGAUAAACCCCACCGAAUCCACGCGAACGGGAAAAAGACACUGGGAAAAAAACAGCAGACGCCUGAGAAAGGAGUGACAGGAAAGUCCACCGCCGACGGUCAGAGGUAAAAUGGGAGGGAAGCUGAGCAAAAAGAAGAAGGGAUACAAUGUGAACGACGAGAAGGCGAAAGAGAAGGAUGCAAAGACGGAGGGAGCGUCGGCGGAGGAGGGUGAAGCUCCUAAGGAAAACAAUGAGGAUGCUCCUGCCGCCACCGAGUCAACCAAUGACACGGCGGCCGCCGCCAAAGAAGCCACGCCCACCGCCGAUAGCAACUCCACUGCACCCAAAGAGGAGGAUAAGAGCGCCGCCCCUCCGAAGAAGGAGGAGCCUGCGGCGAACGCUAAUGCUCCUAAAGCUUCUGACGCCAAGAGCAGCGAGGCUGCCAAAGCAGAACCCGCCAAGAGUCCAGAUGCCCCUCCUGCCAAAGCGGAAGAAAAAUCUGCCCCUUCAGCAGCUCCGGCCAAUGAGAAAGAAGCUGUGAAAGAGCCCGCUAAAGAUCCCACCCCUCCUGUAGCCACAGCGACGGAGAGCAAGCCCGAUGCUGAGUCUAAAAAGACUGAGGCUCCACCCGCAAAAGAGUCCGCCCCCGCAGAGCCAAUCGCCACGGAGUCCAGCCCCGCCCCAAACAAGGAGCAAGCAGUCGCUGUGCAGGAUUAACAGAAGGAACAGUGAACGACAAGAUUAAUGACAAAUGAAAAACCAGAUCAAAUCUAAAUAAUUAAAACUAGCCCGCCCAUUUUAAACUAUAUCAGUAAUUAUAAUGAUAAUAAUGAUAAUAGUAACAAUAACAUUAAUGAUUUUAACAGGCUGGACUUUGAUCAUUGUGUUGGUGAUGGACGUGAUCAUGGUGAAUAAGACUGGCAGUUGUGAUGAUAUUAUCUUUAAUAUCCAGUUGAACUUUGAUACAAACCACCAGCCCCCAACUCUCUCUCUUUAUCUCUUUUCACCUUUCUUUCUACCUCCAUUCAAUGAGGGGUAGAAUACAAACAUGGAAUCUAUUCAUUGCCACCCUCCGAAUCUCACUUCCCUCCAUUUGAGUGUGAUGUGAUGGCAGUGGGUGGGGUUAAUAUAUAUAUAUGUGUGUGUGUGUGUGUGUGUGUGUGUGUGUGUGUGUGUGUGUGUGUGUGUGUGUGUGUGUGUGUGUGUGUGUGAAUGCGUGAGUGACAGUAGUAUUAAUGGUAGUAGUCCAGCCUCCCUGAUACAUAUUCCAUAUUUCCUGUUUGCUGCUUUCUAGUUAGUGAUUGACAUUGUGUCAUUGCUUAUCUCCUGACUUUCCUGCUUUCUUUGUUUCUCUCUCUCUGUUUUUCUCACAUAUCAGUGGAAACAAAAUCAGUGUAUAGCACAAUGCAUCAAACACACACAUACACACACACAGUAUUGAAUGUUAACAGUAUUAGUGUUUUUUAAAGGAACAGUUCACCCAGAAAUGAUGAUCUAAACCUGUAUGACUUUUUGUCAUCCACAGAAUGCACAAAGAAAGAAGCUGAAUGAACUGCUCAUUUCCUUGCACGAAAGUGAAUGGGGACUACAUCUGUCAAGCUAGAUUUUGAGUAAAAAGCGAUUUAGAUUUCAAAGAAGACUUGGAAUAUAGUGCACAAGCCGUAUAGACUACUUUUGUGAAGCUUUUAUGGUGCUAUUUUGUCCUUUUUGGAGCUUGACAGACUUUGGUCCCCAUCCACUUUUACUGUAUAGAAAAGAACAGUGUGCACAUUCUUCAAAACGUUUCCUUUUGUGUUAAACGUAAAAAAAGUAAGUAAUACAGGUUUGACGUGAAGAUAAGUAAUUUUAAGGUGAACUAUCCCUUUAAUUGGAUGUUUGAAGGUUAAUUUAAAGUGUGUACAUGUGUGGAAAGAUCCGGGAGUAUGACGUGAGUGUGUGUAUGGAGUUAUGCAUGGUAUGAGCAUGUAUUUACUGCAUGUGUGUGUGUGUUAACAGAGUUCUGGUCUUUCUGUACUUUGAAAGCAGCAGAUGUCAUGAUGUCAGAAAGACAGAGAGAGAGAGCCUCCAAACUCACCAAACAGGACACACUUCACACACACCGAUCUCUCAAUAUGCUGACAGAACAAUGUGAGCGUUGUGUGUAUCUGUAUGUGUGAAGCUGUGUGUGUGUGUGUGUGUGUGUUUUGCAUGUCAGUGGUUGGCCCUAUUGUUGUGUAUUUUUGGUUGCUGUGGAGAUAAUGUUGCUACAGGUGAUAUUUCAUUUGAAUUAACACACAUGCUCUCUCUCUCUUUCUCUCUGUUACUUUCUCUAUCAUUCCUUUUAUUUCCAAAAUUUCCUGGUAAAAUAAAAAAAAUAAAUAAAAUGGAAGAACUGAGAUAUAUGUACUUGUAUACAUGGAGCAACAUUAAUAAAAUGAAAGAAACAGAUUGAAAAUCA